AUGUUGAAGUCUGUGCUUUUGGUAGGGAUCUCCGCCCUCACCACCGUCAAUGCCGCGACAUACGGCAACAACUGGGUGACGACGCGGAAAGACCCUGCUGCGUUGGCGGCUCAAUUCCCCAGCCCCAACACCACUCUCCUCUCUCCCGCCUUCCUCUCCCCCGAAACCAUCCCCGCCGCCUUCACCAAUGGCACCGAAGGCCCCACGGACGAUGAUGAGCUGGACACCUACCUCCGCACCCUCGCCUCCCGCAACCCCUGGAUGACCUACACCGCCGCAGACUUCGUCUCAGAAGAAGGCCGAUCCUUCCCCUACGUCCUCCUGUCCACCCCCAACACCACUACUUCCACCCCCAAAGUCCGCGUCUGGCUCCAAGGCGGCGUCCACGGCAACGAGCCAGCCGGCGACCAAUCGCUCCUCGCCUUCCUCGGCCUCCUCUCCUCCAACCAGACCUACGCUUCUUCCCUCCUCACCCACCUCGACAUCCUCGUCCUCCCACGCUACAACCCGGACGGCGUCGCCUACUUCCAGCGCGCAUUGGCCACCAACUACGACCCGAACCGCGACCACGUCAAGCUGGCCCGCCAACAAACGCGCGACAUCAAGCGCCUCUUCACCACCUUCGCCCCGCACGUCGCCGCCGACAUGCACGAGUUCACCGCCACCCGCCGCUACAACGGCUCCGAGGGCUCCGACCUCGUCUGGGCCGCCGACGCGCUCUUCAGCGCCGCCAAGAACCUCAACAUCGACGCUGCUAUCCGGACGCUGUCGGAAGACGUCUUCGCGCCCGCCAUCGCGGCCGAGCUCGAUGCGCAGGGCUUCCGGUGGGCGCCGUACGUGACGAGCGAUUCGAGUGGGAGUAGUAAUGGGGUGCUUGCGUUGGACGAGGCGGGCAGCGAUGCGAAGAUCGGCCGCAACGCGAUGGGGUUGACGCAGGCAGUUGUGUUUCUAUGCGAGAUGCGCGGGAUCGGGAUUGCGGAUCAGCACUUUGCGCGGCGCACGGCGACGGGGCUGGCGAUGGCGGAGGCGAUUGUGCGGACGGCGGCGGAGUACGCGGCGGAGGUGGUGGAGGCGGUGGAGGGGGGUGUCAAGCGGUUAGAGGAAGGCGGGGAGAUUGUCGUGACGGAUUAUACGGUGGCGGAGGAUAGCACGUUUGAGAUGAUUAGGGCAAGUGAUGGCGUGAUUGUGCAGCAGCCGGUUAAGUUUUCUUCGGCCACGCCGACGACGGCUAACCUUACCCGCGCGCGCCCCGAGGCGUACCUCAUUCCUCGGUCAUGGGCUGACGUCGUUGCUCGCCUGGAGGUUUUCGGCCUCGAGGUCGAAGAGCUGGCGGAAGGCUUUAAGGGCACGGUCGAGGUUCUCAACGUGACGUCGGCGGUGCUUGAAAAGUCCUACUACGAAGGUGUUGUUCGGGCGGAAUUGACCACGGAGGCGUUCGAGAAGGAAAUCGAGCUGCCGGCUGGAAGUUUCAGGGUAAGUGCGAAGCAGAGGAAUGCUGCCCUGGCCUUUGUCGCCCUCGAGCCCGAGAACAUUGAUUCGUUUGCCGCCUUCAACAUUAUUCCGGUCGAGGCGGGAGACGAGUAUCCUGUUUUCCGAGUUUUGGCGUGA